AUGAAGAACGAAGAAGAAGAAGAAGAAGAAGGAGAGGCUGAGGAUGAGGACGAAGAUGGCAUCGUCAUCAUUCAUGGAGGUCCCCGCCAGGAACUCGACAGGAUGGAGACUGGAGAAGAUGACGUCGUCAUCGUCUGGGAAGGUCCGUGUCGGGAAGUGCCCAUGGAGACCGACGAUGAUGACGUCGUCAUAAUUGAUGAAGUCCCGAGUCCUGAGGAGCAAAUGGAGAUUACGGAUGAUGAUGAUGAUGAUGAUGAUGAUAGUGGGUAUAGCGAUGAAAUCGUUACUCCAGCGAGACUGCUCCAAGAGGAGCACCCCAGCAUCAUGAGGAGUCUCUGCUGCAUCAACGGCCUCAGCACCAUCAACAGCCCCAGCAUCAACAGCCUCAGCACCAUCAACAGUCUCAGCAUCAUCAGGAGUCUCAGGAGUCUCAGCAGACUCAGCAGCCUUGGCACCAACAACAGCCCCAGCAUCAUUAACAGCCUCAGCAAACUCAGCAGCCUUGGCAUCAUCCACAGCCCCAGCAUCAUCAGCAGCCCCAGCACCCUCAACACCAUCAUCAGGAGUCUCAGGAGUCCCAGUCGCCUUGGCCCAUCAACAGCCCCAGCGGGCCUGGUACCACCAACAGCCCCACCAUCAUCAGCAGCACCAGCAGCCUCAGCACCAUCAUCAGAAGGUAGAGAAUCUCGUUUUCUACCCGCUAGCUCUGGGAUAUCCAGGAUAUGUUGA